AUGAUGCUGACAGUGGUCAGAAUUUGUAUGAUUGCUCAUGUAACUGCCAGAAAAAUGCCAACCCUUCACCGACAUGAAGAAGAGAAAUUCUUCAUAAAUGCUGAAGGCAGGAAAGAAUCUGUACCAAGUAUACAUGAUCCCCCUACAAAGGAACUCUCUGUUGUUGUGCCUUCAUACAAUGAGGAAGACCGGUUACCUCUUAUGAUGGAUGAAGCUUUGGAUUAUCUAGAAAAAAGACAGAAACGAGAUCCUUCAUUCACUUAUGAAGUAAUAGUCGUCGAUGAUGGUAGUAAAGAUCAAACUACAAAGGUUGCAAUGAAGUACUGCAAGAAAUAUGGAAGCGACAAAGUGCGAGUGCUUUCUUUGGUAAAAAAUCGAGGGAAAGGAGGAGCAGUCAGGAUGGGUGUCUUUAGUUCUCGGGGGAAAAAAAUUCUUAUGGCUGAUGCAGAUGGAGCUACAAAAUUUGCAGAUAUUGAAAAAGUAGAAGAAGGUCUAAAAAAUCUUCAGCCGUGGCCUAACCAGAUGGCUAUUUCCUGUGGUUCUCGAGCUCAUCUGGAGAAGGACUCAAUAGCAAAGCGCUCUUACUUUCGAACUCUUCUUAUGUAUGGGUUCCACUUCCUUGUAUGGUUUCUCUGUGUCAAAGAGAUCAGGGACACGCAGUGCGGAUUUAAACUUUUAACCAGAGAAGCUGCCUUGCGGACCUUCUCAACUCUCCACAUAGAACGCUGGGCGUUUGAUGUGGAACUUCUUUAUAUAGCUCAGCGCUUGAGAAUACCUAUAGCAGAAGUUGCUGUCAACUGGACUGAAAUUGAAGGUUCUAAGUUAGUUCCCUUUUGGAGCUGGCUGCAGAUGGGCAGGGAUCUUCUUUUUAUACGACUGCGAUAUAUGACUGGUGCCUGGCAGCUUGAAACAAGAAAAUGUAAUUAGGUUAUUUACAUUUUCCAAAUAUAUUAUUAUACUUAAUGGAACAUGAGAACAGUUUCAAUCAAGUGAAGUGGUGAUGAAAGCUGAGGUAAUUCUUCAUUGCUCCUGUUGUAUGUUUCAUUUUUGCAGCAUGUAUGUGUUUUAUAAGGUUGUCAGCAGGGAAUUUGUACAAUGUUUUGAAAAGAGGAAGCAUUUCCAAAAAGAUUUUCUUGUCUGUUAAUCAGGUUUUUAUUUUAUUAAAUAGUAGCUUUAACAUGUCUUAUAAAUUCACUCAAAUAUAUCUGCUUUUGUCUCAUCAUACAUUUGGAAUUUCCUUAUACAUAUUAAGAAGAGGCAUUCUUCUGCAUUGUGCAAUAUUGUGUUGUGAAUGACCACAACUGUUCGUUUCUAUAGUAUGUGGAAAUAUAUGGCCAUAUUGCAACUUGGAAUUAUCAAUCAUGGUUCAUGCUGAUGCAUAUUUAGAUUCAAUGUUAUGGGAAACAUCAAUGGGUUUUACUGAGUUAUGACAGUUAUGUUCAUAAAGCUGUUCUAAGAACUUUCAGUAGUCUCUUGACAUUCCAAAUGGUUUUGUCUGAAGCUGAAAUAGUUUGUCUGAGAUCAAACUGCAGAUCGUCUCCAGACUGUAGAAGGUCCAAGAGAAAGCACAUUUCAUUUGAAAAUGUUGGUUUUUAUAAAUAUGUUUUGUUCAUAUGUACUAAUUAAUACUGCAUGCUCAAGGCUGGGAGUCCUUGGCAUCUACAAAUCUGUAGUGAAAAGGGUAUGGAAAGCUAAUUCAGAGCAUACAAAAAUGAGACCCAAUGUACACUGGGGGCCUGUGCAUUAGCAAUGCCAGUUUGAAGUUCUCAUGCUUCAAACGAGAUCAGAGAGGGAGAGAGGGGUCUUGAGUCUUUCUUAGUAAUGUCGUACCCUGUAACAGUGCACAAGUUUCAAUAGUGCUUUCAAAAGAGUUGUGCAUUGCCAACAAACGAAGCCAAUCUUUCUUUCAGAAACGUACAAAUUUGAACAGGUUUAAAGAAUGAACGAUACAUGGUUGUACUUUCACAUAUGAUUUCACUGGUGAUUUUUCUAAUUCCUUCUGCAAUAUUGAGUUGAGUUUUGCUUCUGUUAGGAUUACCUCAGUUUUCUAUAAAUUGAAGUGUUGGAAUAAAUUCUCAAAAAGUAUCUUCACUUU